AUGGUCGUCUCCACAUUUCUACAACCACCAACGGCUUCAAUUUCAACGCACAUUCUCGAUAUUUCGCUAGGACGACCAGCUGAAGGUGUCACAAUCCUUGCCUACGUAGAAGAAGGAGGGCAAUGGAAACUGAUUGGGAAUCGAUCAACGACAGCUGACGGUCGGGUUCCAUGGGUGUCACCUAAUGUCGCACUGACGAGAGCCAAUUACAAGUUGCAGUUCAUGAUUGGCAACUACUAUCAAAAAUUAGGCAUUGAAACAUUUUAUCCAUAUAUUGAGGUGGUGUUCACCAUCACAAACGCUGCUCAGCACUAUCACGUACCGCUGACGCUUAGUCCAUAUGGUUAUUCGACGUAUCGAGGAUCAUGA